UGCCCUCGCGUAGUCUAUAUAAGAGGAGAGGGAGAGCUCGCGGCUCCCUUACUCUCGUGUCGUGCUCUGCCUAAAACCUUACUCUCAUUUCCUCUGUUUUCUCGGCCAUGGUGGUCCUUGCCAAGGGUGAGCUCGAGCAGAUCGCCCUCCCCGCGGCGCAGCCACCGCAGGCCGACGUGCGGUCCGUCGACCUGUCCGCCCCGGACGCGGCGUGCGCGCUGGUCGCGGCGUGCGAGGAGCACGGGUUUUUCAUGGUGACGGGACACGGCGUGCCGAUGGAGCUCGUGCGCGCCGCGGAGGCCGCAGCGGCCGAGUUCUUCGCGCUGCCGCAGGGCGAGAAGGAGGAGGCCCGGCCGCUCGGGUACGGCAGCAAGUGGAUCGGCGGCAACGGCGACCUCGGGUGGAUCGAGUACCUCCUUCUCGGCGUCACCCCCGCCGGCGCCGUGCCAGUCGCCUCCGCGUCCUCCUCGACAUUGCCGUGCGCUGCCGCCUCAGUCUCGUCGUCCACGCCAGCUUGCCCCUUACGGGAUGUUUUGGACGAGUACACGGUAGCGGCGCGGCGGAUGGCGUGCGCGGUGCUGGAGCUGAUGGCGGAGGGGCUGGGCGUCGGCCCGCCGGACGCGCUCGCGCGGCUGGUGACGCGCUCGGACAGCGACUGCAUGCUGCGGGUGAACCACUACCCGCCGCGCCCCGCCCCCGAGUUGGGCACGUCCCGCGGGCCCAACCUGACGGGCUUCGGCGAGCACACCGACCCGCAGAUCAUCUCCGUGCUCCGCUCCAACGGCACCUCCGGCCUGGAGAUCGCGCUGCGCGACGGCGCGUGGGCCUCCGUCCCGCCCGACAGGGACGCCUUCUUCAUCAACGUCGGCGACACCCUGCAGGUGUUGACGAAUGGGAGGUUCAGGAGCGUGAGGCACAGGGUGGUGGUGAACAGCGAGCGGUCCAGGGUGUCCAUGAUCUUCUUCGGCGGCCCGCCGCCCGGCGAGAGGCUGGCACCGCUGCCGCAGCUUCUCGGGGACGGCGGCCGGAGCCGGUACAGGGAGUUCACCUGGGGGGAGUUCAAGAGCAGCGGCUGCAGGACCAGGCUCGCGGAAGACAGGCUCUCCCGCUUUGAGAACUAGCUGCCGGUGCAGUUUGGCUAGAAGGAAUUAAUCGUUAUCCGUAUGCUUCUGUAUGUCACUUUGCAUGAGCGCAUAAUGCCGUAAUUGCACUAGGUAGCUAGUAACUUGAGGUUAGUGAUUUUGCUUGUGCUGCUGGUUAUUGUCCUCUAGUACGUACGUGCGCAUACGUAUGCACGUGUGGUGCAUAGGUAUUACCGUAUUAGUAUCUAGCAAUUGAGUACUAUGGUUCUGUUAAACUUCCACGUUUUAAAUCUCAGCCUUCUUUA